AAAAAUGACUAAUGACUUCCUCCAAACCCCUUCUAAAACCCUAAACCCAGCGUGUGUCUUCAUCGGCGGCGAGGAGAACUCAAACACCGGCGAUUCCGUCACCGUCCGCCCGCCAGAAUAACACAAAUUCUGCUAAUUUGAUUGUUGUAUUUUCCUUUCAGCAGCCUGGUCAGUUCAGAUUCACAUUAUCUCCGUGCCUCUGUUUUGUUCAAAUACUAUGCUCAUUGCCAUAGAAAGUUUUAAACACAAAAUCUUAUUCGCCAAAUGCUUCGAUCAACCAUCAGAUUCUUCCCCAAAUCGCAAUUCCCGUUCUCUACCUUCUUCUGUAAUCAUUCCGCCUCCGCCGCCGCCGUUGCCGUCGCUCACGACGAGCCCUCCAACCCCACCACCUCUUCCCAGUUUUUCCCAACUAAAAAUGAAGCUGUCUCAAAAUUACUCCUCUUCCUUUUCAGUACCGUCUCCAUCAAGGCUCCCUCUAUCACGACAUUACGCGGCGACCGGCCACUUGAAGCCUGGGUGUCGGGGGUGAAUGCCUCCGAAAUGGAGGGCAUUGUUGAGUUGCUGAGGCGCAAGAAGCCGCAGCUGGCUCUCGACUUCUUCUUCUUGUCUAAGAACAAGUAUGGAUUUAAGCAUUCCAUGUCCUGCCACCUCGUCGUAGCUCAUGUUUUGGCGGGAAGGCAGCGAUUAAGGGGUUUGAAGUUCCAUUUGCAGGAAAUGGUUAAAGAAGAAGGCUCUGGUUCUGCACCUGCACUCUGUGAGUUGCUUCAGAAUAACUUCGAUUAUUGGGUUGCUCAUAAUGUGGUAUGGAAUAUGCUGGCCUGUGCUUAUUCGACAUCUGAGAUGGUUGCUGAUGCUCUUUUUGUUCUAUCCAAGAUGAAAGAUUUGAAUCUUCAAGUUUCAAUAAGGACAUAUAAUAGUGUGUUGCUCUGCUUUACUGAUGUUUACAAUGAAAUAAAAACUUCCCAAAGUGAAUACACAAAUUCUAUCCUUAUCAAUGGUCUAUGCAGACCGAUCUUGGUGAGAGAAUCUGGAACUUCUGUUGUUUGCUUCAAUUCCAUCAUGUCAGCUUUCUGUAAAGUGGGUCUUGUGGAUGUUGCAACAUCAUUUUUUUGUAUGAUGUUCAAGUGUGGGAUACAUCCAGAUGUAUGUAGUUAUAAUAUUCUUAUUCAUGGUUUAUGUAUAGAUGGUUCUAUGGAAGAAGGACUUAAGCUUGCAAGUGACAUGGAAGUGCAUGGGUUGGAGCCUGACCUAGUGACUUAUAACAUCAUUGCCAAAGGGUUUCAUUUGCUUGGUAUGAUGAGUGAGGGCUCAAAAAUAAUUACCCAUAUGUUGCAGAGAGAUAUACUUCCCAAUAUUGUCACUUACACAACAUUAAUUUCUGGGCAUUGUCAAAUAGGCAAUGUGAGUGAAGCAUUUAGGUUGAUGGACGAGAUGCGUUCACGAGGGAUUCAGAUUCCUGAAAUCACAUACAGCAUGUUACUUCACAGGUUGUGUAAGAGUGGAUUUCUGGAUGAUGCUUUAAAUCUGUUUCAUGAGAUUGAAGCCAAUGGUUUAGAACCUGAUAUUGUCAUGUAUUCUAUUCUCAUCCACGCUCUAUGCAAGCAAGGGCGGGUUCAUGAGGCUGUGCAAUUGUAUAAAGAAAUGUGCUUGAAGAAAAUCAAUCCAAAUUCUUUUGCACACAGAUCGAUUCUGUUUGGCCUUUGUGAGAAUGGAUUAAUAAAAGAGGCAAGAAAGUAUUUUGAUGUGUUGACGAAUGAUGAAUUGAGGGAUGACAUUGUUUUGUAUAAUAUUAUGAUCAACAGAUAUGUAAAAUGUGGUGAUGUUAGAGAAGCUGGUCGGCUAUAUGAAUAUAUAUUGAAAAGAGGAAUUACACCGAGCACAAUCACAUUCAAUUCUAUGAUAUAUGGGCUUUGCAAGGCUAGAAAGGUAAGAAACCUAUUAGAGGCAAGAGAGUUGAUUAAAAAUAUUUACUCAAAUGGUCUUGUGCCAAGUGCAGUAACUUACACAACUUUUAUGGAUGCAUUUUAUGAAGAAGGAAACAUAAAAGCUGUUUUUGAAAUGCUUAGGGAAAUGGAGGCAAAGCACAUAGAACCAACUUGUGUUACUUACACAGUGAUUAUGAAGUCGUACUGUAAAAUAGGGAGGUUGCAGAAAUCUGUUCAAAUACUAAAGGAUAUGUUUGCCAAGGGACUUUCACCUGAUGGACAGUCUUUCAACACUGUCAUACAGGGGUUUUCUCAAGCUGGAGAUAUGAAGAAUGCAUUUUUUUUAUACAAUGAGAUGCUAAGGCAUAAUCUUCAGCCCAGUCAUGUCACACACAACAUUCUCAUUAAUGGUCUAUGUAUGUUUUGGGAUCUAAGGGUUGCUGAUACAUUUUUCUCUUUUCUUCGAGAUCAGAAUAUGAGUUUGUCAAAACAAGCCUAUACCACUCUUAUAAAAGCACAUUGUGCAAAGGGUGAUGCAAAGAAAGCAAUGUUGCUAUUCCAGCAAAUGGUAGAGAAUGGAUUUGAAGUUUCAAUUAGAGAUUACAUUGCUGUGAUUAAUAGGUUGUGUAAGCACCGUUUGAUACAUGGAGCAAUAUGUUUUAAAAGAAUUUUGCACCAUAGAAAUGACCAUGAUUCCAUAUAUCAGUUAUUGUCUUUGGUGAUCAAAUGUGGUUUAGAUCAGUGCUAAGUCUCUGUAUGCAAGUGAUGGAAAAUUAUUGUUCUCACUGUUUGGAAACUUGUUGAUGGAUGGAAUCUGAGUCCUAUUGCUGCAUUGCUUCUGACUAAGUGCUCUGGUGGGAAGAGCAUAUGUUCCACAAUUGCUGCAUUGCGUCUGAUUGUGUUGUGUACCUGUGUGUCUUCUGGCUUAUGGGAAGAGCAUAUAUUCCAUACUUGGAUUAAAAAGACAUGUGAGACAUGCAUUGAGAAGUCAAGUGGGGAGCAUGCUGACGAUGAAUCUAUGUUUUUUUAAUUUAACCCUAUUCCCUAUGAAUGAUUUUAAAUCAUUUGAAGAUUGAAUGCAAUGAUUGUGCCCUUCACACAGCAGAAUAAAAAACUAACAUGAAGAAGAACCAUGGAAUUUUAUGUCAUUUAAACGAUAGUAAGAGGGAUGCUGAUGUAUUUGCCUUUGAGGAGAAAGUCAUUCUUGAUUUACUUGGCCUUGCAGCAGAGGACGAUUAUAUAGCUAAUGGCACUAAAGAUGGCGUUGAAUUCCUCAAGGUUCCAGAAUUUGACUCCUCUGCAUUUAUAGACAACUCUCUCAUGCAUAAUGAGAAUGAAGAUGAAGUUUCACCAAUAAGGAUGAUCAUGGUGUGAUAUUUCAUUUUAAUGCUCACAAGACCUUUGAAGUUCCAUUAGAACCUGAUGAACAGGAUAGAGAUAGAUUAUGGAAUAGUCCAGAAUUUGAAAGCUCCAUGAUUGAAGACUCUGCUGAUUAUGAAGGUCAAUGUGGCGUAUCGGGUGCAGCAUCUGCUUCAGAGUUCUCACACUUGGGUGCUGAUAAAAACAUUACAGAGUUUGAAUUACCAGAGUUGAUAGCUUGCCUCAAAUAGAGCAAUUGUAAUGCUGCCAAUUAUAUUUGUAUCUAUCAGGAGGUGCCUAUAGUGGAUAAAAUUUUGAUUGAAAACUUGAACAAUAGUAGUUUUGGUGCAUAUUUCUCUACACUGGUGAAGAUGUUCAAAGGUAAUGCUUUCUGGAGACCCAUAAAAAAUCCGGGAUGCCAAGAUGGAUGCUGCUAAAGUUAAAGAUGAUAUCAAAUCACUGGUUCCUGAUUAUCUAAUAUCAUCUUUGGAGGAUAAUGUCAAUAAAGAAUCUGCCAAGGAUACUUUACCUAGAGGACUUGAUGAAGCAUUUUGGAUCAAAAUGUUCUCCCCUGAUUAUCUAAUGUCAUCUUUGGAGGAUAAUGACAAUAAAGAAUCUGCCAAGAGGACUUGAUGAAACAUUUUAGAUCUAAAUGUUCUACAAUUGGAAAAGUAGCCAAUGAUGUGUCAGAAAAACAACCUUUUGGUAAAAAGCCACUUCUCUUUGAGUGACAAGGAAACCCGCAGCCACUACUUCUUUUGGAAUUGUUGUAUGCACAGCUGCAUUGUCAGUCUUUGCAGUGCCAAGGCGGAUAUUGGAGGCAGUAUUUUUGAUUUCAACAAUUUUAAGGCUGCAGCUCGUCCUAUGUCAGGUUUAAUGACCAACCUGCAUUUUUGCCAUUUUAAAAAACUUUUUCUGGUUCCAGAUUACAAUCCAUGUGGAAUAGCUGUCCUAUAAGAAUGGCAAAAGCAGACAGGAGAUUCUGAAGGAACAGCGGUUGGAGGCAGGGUCUUCUUUGUCAUCACGAAAGUCACUCCUUUGGGGAUGCAUUUUUCUGGAACACAGCACAGGCAUCGCUGUAUAUGGCCACUGCAUUUGAAGACACUGCCAAAAAUAUCAUGAAGAUCGACAAGAUCUUAUCCGUCUUUGUGGCUAUGCCAGGAGCAUCCCUGAAGCAGAGACAUUUAAAUUCGCAGGGAGAAUGAACCCAAGAGAAACAGCUGCAGUUGCCCCACUGAACUGGAAUGCAUCCCAAAUGCUGGGAAUAAAAUUUGCAAGUACAAAGACAACAAAGAUGAGCGUGAAGUUAAUGAAUGCGAAGCGCCAUUUCUCUGAAUCCAAGGGCCUUGCGGAGGGAAAAAAGAGGCCAUCUACAUUAACGCGAAGAGGGUAGAACAAGAUGGGGAAAACAAGCAUCAGGUGAAGCGCAUAGGAGACACGAACAGCAUCAUUCAGCGCAUAGCUGUAAGGAACGCCAAGGUUAGAGUCAAAGUUGGCCAGCACAUCGUCCAGAGUUGAAUCGCCAAACAGAAGAUAUAUGCAGUGACAAUAACUGGCACUACAGUGAAGAGUCUCCAGACUGAACUAAUAUCAGUAACAUCAGGAAGAAAUCUGGGCAUUUCAAUACUGCCCGCGAAUAACUUGAAAAUGGUGAUUGCUGCAGUAAUGACAAGGAAAACAACUGCAAGUGCAACUGCCAAUGCAGAUGUGUGUCUCAAUGAAUCUGCAGUGCAUAUGGAUGAAACAAUUCAGAGAUUGUUAACAAAUGCUAUAUGCAGAGAAGAAGUUCAAUAAAAUCUUUUUUUUUUUU